CGAACGAAAAAAGAGAGCCGAAAUUUUGGUGUUUAAGCCCGAAAUUUACGGGAACUCUUAGUUUCAGACGCCAAAAUUUCUUACAUGAGCAGCACGUGCAAUUCGGUUAACAUUUUUAAAGCUCUUCAACAAUUCGUUCGUUGGCCUCCCAUUUUACACCAUUUCUGCUGCUCGUUUUCUUGCUCAACUGAAACCCUACUUCGAUUGCACGUGCUAGACCUCCAUUAUAGGAUCUUGAGCCCUUUAUACCAGGAGGUCUAAUUUGGUCAUAGAGGAAACAACUUAAAAUUAAAGCUAUUGGCUCCAUAUGCAGAAAUGUCUGAGAAUAAUGAGAAUGGUGGUCUCUCCAGUACAGCAGAAAGCACUUCUGAUCAUAAUUCUUCUAGUGCCAGUGAUUCGGGACUGGAUGAUGGUUACUCAGAUGUGGGUGUUAGCAAUGGCACUCUGGUUGAGGAGUCUGGAACUAAUCAGGAUACAACUGUUCAAAUUUCAAUUGUAACUGAGGGAGAAUCACAUGGUGAAGAUGAAGCUUUAUGCAGUGAAGGUGAACCUGGAACAAGUUCUCACGAUCAUGGUGCUACCACUUAUCUUGAACCCCUUGAUGCUAAAGAAGGCUCUAGUCAUGAUUACAGCCUACUGGCGAAUGGGAACCAGGAAGAUGUAUUUGUGGAACCAAUGGCAGAUGGAAGAGUGGAUUCUAUGAUGGAUAAACCCCUGAUUCAGGAGUCCAGGUCUUUUCAGUUGGAUAUGGUGCACAGAGGAGAUGGCUCAUUGGUGAAUGAGGAGGAUGGGUCAUUCCAGGUUUCUUCGUCAGACUCUUCAGCUGAGCAUGAAGGUCUCACCUCCAGUUUUGUUGCUGUUGAAGAAGUGUCUAAGGAAGAAACCUUUGUUGAUGCGCCCGAUGAAUUGGACACUCUUGAAAGGAGGAAUUCUGGUGUAGAAGACUUAGUGAUUGUGAGUGAAAAUGAUGUUCGCGAUGGUCCAUCUCCUAGAGAAAAUGAAUCCUUGAUGAUGGAAGAUGAGAAAACUCUUGAAAUAAAAACUGAGUUGGCCAAGAUGCAGCAUGAGCUAGCAAAGACCAUCGCAGAAAAAGAACUCAUUGCUCGUGAAUUCGAAGAAUUUAAAUUGAGCAUGGCUUCAUCCAAAGAAGCACCUGUACUGAACCAGGAACUCAUGGUUACCCUCACAAACUCUGUUGAGAAAUUGGGAGCAGCAAUUGGGUCUUCUCCACUUAUUAUUUCUGAUGAUUCAGAUGCCACAUCUUUUAUUUCUCAGUUUUCUACCACUGUUCAUGCUGCAAUCGAUGAGCUUGAUGCUCGUUUGAGAAAGUUGGAGGAAGAGAGAGCAGCAUUUGCAAGGGAGUUCAUUGACCUUCAUCAUCAGCUCCGAAUAUUAACUGAGCAGCAACUCUUGUCCACUGAGAGUGGUGAUGCACUAGUUGAUCGUCUUCGACUUGCUGAAGAAAAUGUUUGUGAUAGCAUGGACAUGGCCUUGGAUGUACCUUUGCAUGAAAUGCUUAAUGAUUGCUCCAAGUUUGCUAUUCAGCUUCAUGAUGCUUUGGGUGAAAGGAUACAUGCUGAGGGAACCAUGAGAGAGCUCCAUGCCGUGCUGUUUACCAAGGACCAAGAGAUUGAAGAACUCAAUGCAAGGAUCACUGAGCUUUCGGAAAAAAGCAGUGAGCUAGCAAAUUUUUAUGGUGCCUUUGAGGCAAAAUGUGAGGAACUUUCAUCUGAAGUGGUACAAGAUGCAAUUGCACGUGAUGUUGUUUUCUCUUAUGUGGGUUCUCUCCAAAAGAUAUGGGCUGAGGGAGAUGCUUAUAUGAAAGUCUCCACUGGUAAAUGCCUUGAGGAGAAGAGGGCUUUACUUGAACAGUGGGGCAAGGCCCAACAAAGUCUAGAAGAGGCAAACUCUGAAAGGAAUAAAAUGCGUAUGGAUCUUGAGCAGGCAGAGAAUAAGUUGUUGACUGCAAAAGAAAAGCUUAGCUUGGCAGUGAGUAAAGGCAAAUCAUUGGUUCAGCAGCGAGAUUUACUGAGGCAGUCAUUAUCUGAGAAGACAAAUGAGCUCGAGAAAUGCUUACUUGAAUUGCAACAAAAAUCUGAACUCCUAGAUGCCACACAAGUUAGCUCAGAUAAACAUGUGCAUAUGCUAGAAGAAGAAUUGCUUGAAACUAAAAGUUGGCUUUCUUCGCUUCAAGAAUCGUUGAUGCAGAAGAGCACAACGAUUCAGGAAUUGGAAAGAAUUAUUUCUCAGGUCAAUAUGCUUGAAGAGCUUAGUUCCAAACAAAUUGUUGACAAGGUUGGAUGGCUUGUGGACCAAAAGCAGGCUUUAGAAAACUUUUUGAAGGAAAAGGAUGGUCUUAUAAAUAAAUAUAGUGAUGCAUUUUCUUGCUUUGAUGUACCCAAGACAGUUUCAUCGCUGGAAGGUCGGAUAGAGUGGUUGAGAGUCUCUUUCUCUCAGGCCAAAGAUGAAAUAACUCGAUUGAAGAAUAAAGCUUCGUUGUGUGAAUCUGAAUUGAUGGAGGCACAAACAGAAAUUAAGAAUCUCAAAACAAGUCUUUCAGAAGAAAGACAGAAGAGGGAUUCUCUUCAAAUGGGAUUUGAGGAGCUUACAGGCAAGUAUACUGACAUUGUUAAACAAUCCCAUCAGGUAUCUUCUGAGAAGGAAGAGCUGAUGGAAAGGCUGAUAGAGGUUGCUGGUUACAUAGACAAUCAACAGGUGGUUUAUCAGUCUCCCUCAGACUCGGGCUUUGUGUUUGAGAAAUGCCUUCAGAUUAUCACUGAAAGAAUCAAUACCUCAUCUCUUGUGGACAUGGAAGAGCUCCAAAGGCUACAUAAUCUAGUGAAUGAUAAAGACCAGGAACUCGAACAGUACUAUAAGAUGUUGUUAGAGGCUUCCAUUUUGGAGGCAGUAGAGAAAUCCCAGAUGUCUGAUCUCUCUCAGGAAGCUAGAAAACUUUCGGAAGAGUUAUUGGCUUUGAAGACUGAAAGAGAUGCCCUGCAAAAAGAGCUUGUGCGAACUGAAGAGAAAUCAUCUUUGCUAAGGGAAAAACUGUCACUGGCAGUGAAGAAAGGGAAAGGUUUGCUUCAAGACCGAGAGAACUUAAAGCUUUCCCUUGAAGAAAAAAAUGCUGACAUUGAGAAAUUGAAAGUGGAGGUUGAGCGGCAUGAAGCUGCAGUCAGUGAGUGCAAAGACCAAAUCAAGAAGCUUUCUGCUGAUUUGGAACGCUUGCCUAUAUUAGAAUUGGAGAUUACAAUGGCAAAGGAUCAAAGGGAACAAGUGGAGAAGUAUUUAUUGGAGAGCAAUAGUAUGUUGCAGAGAGUAAUGGAUGCUAUUGAAACCAUUGUUCUUCCAACUGAACUUGUAUUUGAGGAGCCAAUAGACAAGGUGAAAUGGAUUGGAGAAUUCAUCUCGGAUAAGAUUCAUUCUGAGCAAGAAUUAGAGAAAGCAAAGGAGGAAGCUCUUAUUCAGGCUAGAAAACUGGAGGAUGCAUCUGCAUUUAUAAAAUCACUUGAAGACACAUUGUCCCAGGCAGCGAGCAAACUUUCUUUGCUUUCAGAUGAAAAAAGCAGAGGUGAAUCCGAAAAUGAUCAUGAAAUGCGUGUUUUGAAGACUGAGUUGGCUGCAUGUAUGGCAGAGUUAACUAAAACUCGGUCAAGACUUGAUAACCAGACCUCUAAUCUUAUUGGGCAGCUUGAUUUCCUUAGAAUGCUCCACAAGGAUGAAAGUCGAAUGCUUCCUCUCAUGAUAAACAGCUUUUCAAAGAAAAUUGAGGGCCUGAAAAGUUUGGAGCAAUUGCUUCAUGAUAUACUUAAUCAGCUCGCCCAGCUAAAGCAUUCAGAUUCACUUCAUGAGGACACACAAGUUCAUUCUCACAAUCUGAUUGACAAGCAGAAUGGUCGUUUUCCAUCACUGGCCAAUCCAGUUGCUGAAUGUGAAGAACAUCCAAAUGGCAUGGCUGAUAGUAUUGAAGCAGGAAGAGAAGACAUUGUUGAUAAUCUCCCGUCGUAUAUAGCAGAGGGUCUCGAGGGUUUGCACAGGGUAAUUAAGAAUCUUGGAGGUAAAUUUGAAGGUUUUUCGACCUCUUUGGAUUCACAAAUUACUGUUCUGUUGCAACUGCUGCAGACAACAAAGAAUGAAGUAAAUCUCAUGUCUCAAUUCAUGGAAGCAAUACGAGUUGAUUUUAAUAAUUUGACAAGUUACAACAAGAUCCAAGAGAACGCAAUAUCCACACUGCAGAAAGGCAUAAAUAUUUUACUUUCUGCAUGUGCUGAUGCUACUGAAGAACUCCAGAUUGUAGAGUCUGAUAAUUUCACAAAAUUAUUGAGUUUCAAGAUAGAUUCACAAGACCAAAAUGUUUAUGUGCAAGAGAAGUUGGAUGAAAUCGAUAAAUCUGUGAAGGCAGUGUUAAACUUUCUGUCUGUUGCAAGAGAAAGGAUUCAGGUUCAAUCUCUGGAGUUGAAUGAUGUUAAGGCCAAAUUGCUUGAAGCAGAAUUGGUUGGGACUGAGAGAUCAAGGACCCUUGAAGAAGUGCAGAGUAAAUUGAAAGAAACCGAAUUGGUUGGGAUUGAGAGAUCACGGACCCUUGAAGCACUGCAAAAUAAAUUGAAAGAAACCGAACUGACUUCAGAAAAUGCUGUCAGAGAAAGGGAUGUAAACAUUGAGAGAAUUUCGAAGCUGGAGAGUGAUGGGGAAUCACUGCACAAUUCUUGUAAUGAGCUGAAGCUUAUGUUGGAGGAUUAUCAGGCUUGCAAGGAUUUAUUGAAGGCAAAGGAAGAUGAGCUCUUGCUAGUGCCUCGCAACUUGGCAGCUAAAGAUCAAGAAUCUAGUAAGCAUAUCAUGUCAGGUUCACAGUUGGAAACUCUCUUUGAAAAAGUGAAGGGAUUAAAAUUUGAACAUGACAACACUGAAACCAAGAGCUCAAAUUUCAUGUUGGGUCUUGGUGACAAGCUAUUUUACAUUGUUGACCAUUACUUAGAAUUGGAAGAGAGAGUGAACAUGUUGAUCCAUGAGAAGGAAAAGGUGCAGUCAGUUCUUGUAUCUCAUGAUAGUGAAGUCUUGCAUCUGAGGCAGGAAAAUGCGAGGCUCGCUGACAAUGCUCAAGAUACAGAGACAAAAGCUAACGAGAUUGCAGACCUAAUUUCAGGUUUGGAGAGAAUAAUUUCAAAUUAUGGAGGUAAUGGUAUUUUGGAAGAAAAAGAGCCUUUGAGUGCAAAGGCAAUUUUGCUCUUAUUAGAGAAGAUGGUGAUAUCCAUUGUUCAGGAUUCUGAAAACUUGAAGUUACGCAGCCAAAGUUUGGAUGCUAUGCUCCGGAGCAGUCAGAAUGUUGUAGAUGAUUUGUCAGCUAAAGUUAAACUGCUUGAAGCGUCCCAUUCUGAGCAGGCAGAUCCACAAGAAAUGGAUCACGAAAGAAGUGCUUUUGUAGCAUCCUCUCAAGCAACUGGAUCAGAGAUAUCUGAAAUCGAUGAUACGUCAAGCAAGAGUCCCAUUCCUACGAUAUCUCCUGCUGCUGCUCAUGUUAGGACACUCCGGAAAGGAUCAACAGACCAUCUUGCUUUGACCAUUGAUACAGAAUCGGAUCGUUUGAUUAAUAACCAACUUGAAGAUGAUGACAAAGGUCAUGUAUUCAAGUCUCUCAACACAUCAGGUCUUAUACCAAAGUCAGCGAAGCUGAUGGCAGACAAGAUCGAUGGUGUCUGGGUAUCAGCCGGACGUGUUUUGAUGAGACGACCAGGAGCUAGGAUGGGCCUCAUAACCUACUGGCUUCUAUUGCAUUUAUGUGCUUUUGCUUCCAUUUUGUAACCUUUUUAUUGAGAAAGAGUAAUUGUAAAGGGCAGUUGGAGAGCAUAAUGUAGUGUAAAUACAUCUUGGUUUUGAUUUUUGUGCAACAAAUCUGAUCAAUUGAUUCAUUUUCAUCUUCUCCUUCAA